AUGAUUUCCUUCGAGAAGGAGAGCGACCGCCAAGCCAUGGAGAACGUUAGGGAGUUCAGGAAAGGCUUACUGUGCAGUAUAUGCAACGAGUUUCUGAGCGACACUUACAACCUUCCCUGCGGACACAGCUUCUGCCGAGAGUGCAUCGACGAUGCUUUAGCCGAGAGGAACUCGUGCCCUGACUGCAUGAACCCCGCGUGGCAAAAGGAUACCCUGAAGAUGGCUCUCACGGACAGCACCGUGCAAGACUGGGUAGUCCAUUGCGAGCGGCUCUACCAGGCGCACGUUGCUCUGCAGGCCGCACGGGACCGGGAGAGCAGCGACACCGACAGCGGUUUGGCUCUCGUUGAGGCCUCCUCCGGAGACGAUGAACGGGGGGGCAUCGACAUCGGCGACAAGGAGGGGGGGGGGGACAAUGUGGCCCCCAUUCCGGUCCCAUCCGCGCUGCCGCCGCCGCAGCAGCAGCAGCAACCGCCGGCGCGGCAGGUGGCGCCGGAGAACGAGGGGGUCGUAGGGGCAGCAACAGCGGCAGCACCACCACCGCCAAUGCCCGCUGCCGCGGAGCCCCUCCCCUGCCGUUCGUUGAAAGUAGCCGAGAAGGAGAACAACGCGGCAUCGGGGUCGUGGGGAGCCGCCACUGCGACUUCCUCUGCUGGUAUGUCGGUUGCAGCAGCAGUACCUGCCGUCGGUGUCGUGGGGGUCGAACGAGCGGCCGCGUGGAGCUCUUCCCCCUCCUCCUUCUCCGGCGGGAACAGAACACCUCGCGUCAGGUUCCAACCGUCGCCGCUGCGCGCCUGCGCUGCCCCUUCCGAAGCCGGCCAGGGAGGUCCCGGUCUUCAGGAGGAAGGUUCCUGUCUUCAGGAGGAGGAAGCAAGCGUUCAUUCCUUGCGAGAGAAGCUUCCGCCUGCGGCCGCCGUCACCAAGCCGCGUAAUUCCUCGCCGUUGGUGUUGGAAGGCACCGUUAAAGCCGGCGACAUUGUGGAUGUCAGGCUUCCCACGGAGGGGGAAAAGCUGCGGUCUACCCCGGCGGCGGCGCCGUUGAAGCGGAGCGUUGCCAACACGGCCGUGGCUUCGCCGCCAGGUACAGAAUCUGAACGCCGGGACUCUACGCCGCCACGGGGCACCCUAGUCGUGGCCGCGAAAAACCCAGAGCCGUCGCCGUCGGUCGUGCCUGAGAAAGCAGCUGCCGUUGAACGUGAAGAAGCCGGGUUCAGUUUUGCCGUCGGCCUUCCGGAUACGUGCGACAUCUUCGAUGCCGAAUCGUCGCCACCGCACUCCCCGAUAGCGUCGACGACGACGACAACCACGAUGGUUAUUCUCACACCGCCUACCCUGAAGCCCGGUGGCCCCGAGACAACAGCGGCGGUGAGUUCGCCGAGCUUGAAGGCGAGAGGCCCACGCGCAGGAGCUUCAGCGGCUUGUUCUGUUGGUGCUAGACCGGGCGUUCGCGUAGGAGCGGGCGGCGAGCACGGUAAGGAUGACAAUGCGAGUUUGGGUGGAGAAACCGGGAGCCACCGCCACGGGAAGGAUGCCCGCGCGAUGCCAGAGGAGAGCCGGGACGGUGAGCGGCAAUCACCCCCACAAACCCAAGGUGUAUUGGAUGCGUCUUCGGGGGACCCUCCCUGCCCGACAAGCAAGCCGGGAAUCAGUGGCACCUCAGCCGAAGGGGGAACCAGCACAGACGUGGGAGUGGACGGGGGCGGAGGGGGACUUGGAGGUGAGCACCUCGGCGAGGAGAUCGAGGGUACCCUUGGCGGAACAGGCAAAAGCUCGGGAUUUGAGGGCAGCCUCCGUCCUCUCCCGGCGCGUGGAGCCAGUGCAACAGACGUCGAUCGCUCUUGUGCCGAUGUAGGGGUGGAGUUGGGCGACUCAGGGAGCGAGAACGAAGUCUCGGACGCCGAAAGUGUUCCUCUGCUGGGCGCCAACGACAGGUUAAAGGACGUAAACGGGCAGAAGCUGCAGCAGCAGCAGAAGCAGCAGCACGGUUCCGGGCGAACAUCGCCGUCGGACGGGGUGCCUAGCCCAUCUUCGCGGAGUCCUUCGGCUGGUAGCGGAGUUGAUCGACCGGACGAGACGACGGUUCGGCAGAGGGGCGUAGCUGCCAACGACGAGGACGGAGAGGAAACCUGCGACGAAGCCGACUCGCUCUCCAACUAUGGAGGCUCUCGUGCGGCGCUUGGUGAUUGCGGGCGAGGGGAGCAGCCGACCACAGGCGUAGAAGACGAGCGGGCAAACGAAGCCACGAGUUCGGAGGCAACGGGGUCGUCGAAAGAUGUUGAUCCGUCCUUUUCCCCAUCACGAGUUCCGCUCGUCCUCACCAACGGGGGUGAGGUUCCGAAACGACCUGCAACUCACGGCGCAGCUUCGGGGGCGGCCGAGAAGGCGUCUCCAGCGAAGGGUGCGGGUGUCGUUGAUUCUGUCCGACCAGCUUGUCAAGCACCGACGGCUUCUCCGCGCCACGACAAGCUCUUAUCGGAUGAGCAACCCUCCGCCGCUGUGCCGCCAAAGGAAGCAGAAUCGUCGGGUACGACGCGGGUGGAUUCUCCGCAGCCGGUCUCGAGAAGCCUACAGCAUCCGCAAGCUUUCACGGCUCCGUCGGAAGCGUCGGUGUUGCACGACGAGCAGAGCGCUGCUAAGGGCGAUGUUCUUGCGAGGCGGGAGGGGCGAAGCCUCGACGGCGGAGAGCUUUGCGUCGCGGAGACCCUCCCUCAGACGCCGGGACUCGGCGGAGAUGUGCUAGGCAAGCACGCGGUGGUAGCGUCGCCGGGGGAUGACGGUGACACAACGGUGCCCGAAACUUCGGUCCAGGGGAGUCUCGUGACGGACGUCCUAGAGAUAAACCAGCCGGAGUCGUUGGCAGGAGGCGUUAGCGCUGACCCGGCGGGAGGCACCCCCGUGGUGGAGCAACCAGGGAGAGGAGGCGUGGGCGAGGCUUUUGAAGGGGAUAAGGAGGGCCCAAACGUUGCUCGAUUCGAGGUUCCGGACAGCUGUGUUGCCCAUGCCGACGGCCAGGAAGAGCACCACGCGAGUGGCGGGGGCACAGCGUCUGACGGGCUCGAUGGGCGGGGGCCCGUGCGAGCGGAGCAGCUCGGCGACAAGAACACGCGGGGUUCUGCUGUCGCUGCCGCUGCUCUUGCUGCUCCGCCACCGGGCGUGAAAGGUGGAAGUAGAACGCCCUCGAGCCAGGCGGCACCUCUCCAGCAACGGCGAUCACCAGAGAACGCGACGACCCGUGUAGUUCCUCCAGGACUCAAGACGGGGAGCUCAGCAGACGGGCGACUGGGGCGCGAUUCAGACGAAGUGCCAGAGACCCUACCGUCACAGCGGGUCGGCAUGGAUGCCGGCGAUGGCAGAGGGAGCUCUGCGGCCGGUCCCGACGUUUGUUUGGCCACUCAGGAACGAUCGGAACAGAGAGAAUCAACUAGGUGUUCAGACGAUCACGGGCCGGAGCUUGGGCGGAGAAUACAUGAAACUGCCGCUCAAAUCAGCACCACCCAGGAAACCCAAAGCCUUACUACGCAGGAGGUGCCGGAGACGGCGCAUGCGUGGGGUGGUGUCGGGGCUUGCGGUGGGAGUAGCUCUUCACGAAUCGAGGGGGUGGCAUCGGCGGCGAGCGGCAAUUACUCUCAAUCAGAGGUCCUUGAAACCGAGCAGCUGUAUGGAGGGGCGACCCAGAGCACCGCAGAUUGUGGGGGAGGGGUUGGCGCCAACGGCGUCGGUGACGGCGUGGAAGAGCAAGAUGCAGCGCGAUUCAGGGGUGGGGCCAUUGCGCAGUCGCCGCCGCCGCCGCCGCCGCCGCCGCUGCCGCCGCCGCCGCAGCAGCAGCAGCAGCAGAGCAAGAGUAUGUCGCCAUCAUCGUCGACGUUGCCGGCGGAAGCCGUGGUCGGAGGGAGAAGCAGGGACGAGGUGGGUGGGGUCAAGGGCUGUGCUGGACUUGGAGAUGGCGAGAAGCCGGGUGGAGCGUGGGCGUCUCCCGGAUCGCUCCGCGCCGACGAAGCGGCCGAUGUCCACGGAGGGGUUUGCGACGGGGGCAGUCCAGCGAGCUUUGUGCCGACGGAGAGGACACCGGAUGAUAGCAGGAACCGCAAGCGAUCGGCCGAUUACGCCACCCUUUCCCCCAGCAGCGGGCUUUCCUGCGACCCGGGGAAUGCCGGGAAACGAACAAGGUUGACGCUGCCGCCCGACUCUGCGGCAAACCCCUCCGCGAGGCCCAGGGAAGCCGCAAGCGACGUGGAAGCCUCCUGCAACGACGACAAGCCGCCGGAUGGCGGUAGCCCGUGGCAAGAUGCAGGGCGGGGCAACCAGCAGGGCCGCCCGAUCGCUCUUCGAGGGGGCAGCGGCCCUCCGGGGAGCGACGACGAGAGCGAGAUGCCCGAGACCGACCACGACCUAGCUGCCGUGCAGGACGCCUGGCUCGUCGAGGGAGGUCACGAGUUUGGCGACGACGGCGGGUACCUGGAAGACCAGGCGGAAGAAUCGGGAUCGGGUCGUCUUCCUUCCCCGGCCGGCGGUGACUCCCCCCCCCGGAGGCCCCGAAAGAACCAGGAGGUCGACAACCCGUACGCCCCACAGGCCCACCUUAAUUUGAGUCACGGCCGCGACGAUUUUCAACCCGCCGCCAGCGCCGACGGGAUGAUGUCUCCAUCUGUCGGCGGUGUCGAAGCUAAGAAGCCUCGCAGCUCUCGUACCGCCGCCCGCCGUCCUUCGAAGAGCACCAUGGGCUUCGGCAGCCCAAGCUUUGGCGGUGCCGCCCGCGCUUCGCUGAGCUUGAGCGGCUCGAGGUUUGCCGCCAGCCUGAACGACAGCAAUCGCCGCCCCAUCAAGAACAAGAUUUUGGCGGCCGGACGGGAGCAUGGUCCAGGCGGAACGACACCAGCCAGCCUCUCGGUGCCGGACAAGAGCGGUACUUGGUCGUCGUUCAAUGACCUGGGACCGGAUACCGAGGAAGUGGAAAACCUGCAAGCCCGCCUUGCGGACAAACGGGCGCAAGAGAAGACGGCCGCAGGCCCGGCAGCUUCGGAGACCAACUCGUUUGACCCUAGCGACACCGAGUACGACGAAGGGGGAGAAAACGACGACGACGACAGCUGGGCGGGACGGGGGGGGCAAAGUCGCGGUCAUCGCCAAGGAUGGGAUACGCGGGCGGAUUCCUCGUCGGAGAAGAAGCGCAAGAGGACUGCUAUGGAAGCAACAGCAGCAGCAGCAGCAGCGCCAGCAGCAGCGCCAGCAAGCGAGGGAAAGGGAACCAAGUUGCGCCGGGAAGCUCGUCACGACGGAGGUGACGAUGGACGCCCCCGCCGCCGCCGCAGCCCUGUCCUUAUAGUCCUGCUCGGGUGUAGUCCGCGGGAGCAGAAGCGCGCGAACGAGCUGUGCGCGAGAUUGGGACAGCACCGCCCUGAGACAGAAUUGGUUUCGGGCGCGACACACGUUGUGAUUGGCAGCCAGAAUACGCGGCCAGCAAACAGCAGCAGCGAUGGUAGCAGCAGCGGCAAUGGAAGCCGCAGCGGUGCAGUGGUCGACGACGGGCGAGGUUUUGGGGGACGCCACGAGCUCGUGAAGCACGAGGUAGAGGGCAACGAGGGCGUGCGAGACCGUCGCGGCGGUGUGUCGUCGUUGAUGUCCCCGCCCCGGGACUUCGAGCUCGUCGGGUGUUCGGAGAACCACGAGGGCUGCAAGCCCCGGCGAGGGCGGUUAAACAGGGGCUUCAAGGUGCCUGGGGUUUUCCACGGAUAUGCCUUCUGCGUUAUCGCGGGGGGGGGCGCGGGAGCAUCGUUCUCCACAGUCGACGGGUCGCGGUCGGGGUUGGAGCGGCUGCUGAGGCUCGGUGGGGGCGUCAUCCUGGCGUCGGUUGCCCCGCGGGCCGCGGAAGGGUUCUGCGACAACCCCUUCGGCUCGGAGGACAUGCCCGACUCUGACGAUGAGGUGGUGCACGUCGAAGCUGGCAGCGGCGACGGCGGCGAUAACGCGGCGGCGGCAAAGGAGAGGAUGGUGGUCGUCUUGGCCUUGCCAGACUCUUCAGACGGGCACGGGGUCAGCUUGAGCCUCGCCAAGAUCGCGACGGACAAGUGCAGAGAGCUCGGAGCCGCCGCCGCGGUCGACCGGGGGUGGGCCUUGCGGUCCCUGGACAGGGGCUCUCGGUUGCCCUUCGACGGCCACGACCUAAGCGACGACGACGUGCGCAGGCCGAGCGGCCAGCGGGGUGGUGGCUCCUCCAAGCCCGCCGCGAGCCGGCUGAGCAUUCCGCGGCGUCGGUGCGGCGAUGCCCCCCCUAGGACGGAAGUUUUGCUCGAUCUGGAAGACGACGGGGGGCGUCGCUCGGCCAUGGCGGAAGCCGUGCGGACGGACCGGGAGAAGACGGCGAGGCUGCUGCGGAUAGCGGAGGAGGUGUCGAAGGCGCCGACCAAGCAGGUGCCGGCGUCGGAUCCCCCUCCGGGGCUUGGGGCGGAUGGCUUCGAGUUUACCCGCAACGGCAGCAAGAAGAAGGCGAAGGGUCCUCCGAACGUGACGACGUUCGCCGCGGAGAACAAGGCCCAGCGGGAUCUCAAGGAAGCCUUGCACAAAGCCGGAUACCUUGACGCCAACAGCUCGGACCCGGACAAGGAACACAGGCUCGGAGAGUUCUGGUUCGACUUGGUGUACGACGGCUUCUUCAUGAAGCGAUCGGAGAACGCGAUCCCGGAGGCGAAGCGUAGGGGCUGCCCGGUGGACGUCCUCAGAGCCGAGUUCGAGAGCCACGAUGCCAUCCAGACCGAUCGCUCCAGGGCCAACGUCGAGAAACUGCCCGGGGAGUUCCCCUUGUGGAAGGCGGGAAACGGCUCGGACGAUGCCGUGGAGCUCCUUUGAGGUCGGAGGAGAGCGGAAAGAAUGCUUCUGGGGUGGAAAAUUAUAUGCGCGUGCGCGGGAGUGUUGUAUUCAUUUUCCGUUCCGUCAGUUGGCUCGGUUGUUCUCUUGCCGCGCUCGGGAGUGUGAGCGUGAUUUUCAUCGAUGACUCCAUGUUUUGUUCUUUUGCUGUACCCAGCGAUGGCUGCGUGGUGGUGGGAAGCGUAUCACCCGCGGGUUGGGUUUGGUUAGGAAGAUACCGGUUGGGUUUGAUUAGGAAGAUGUGCUCGUUUUUCUCAGAGUCUAUCACGGGCCCACGGGUGGUCGAUUGUUGUGUUUAGACGGGAGAAGAGGGCUCACGAGUUUUUUUGUGCUUGUUGGGUUGGGAUUGGCAGGCGCUCUAUUGGAAAAGGCGCCGUUGCUGUACACUGGUCGUCCGUGAAGGGGGGUUUUCUAGAAAGACUACGAUGGCAGAAGAACGAGUUGCUACCUUUUUCCGUUGCCGAGCCAAAGGCCCGUUUCGUAUAGUCCCGGGGUCACCGGGGGCAGUCCGUCGUGUGCUUUCAAACUCGGUUGGCGAGCUCGUGUCAGGUUCAGUAGCCUUUACUAUGAAAAAUGUUUGUGUUCGUUGCUAUCCCGGGCGUGUUUUGGUCGCAGGGGUAAACGGGUCGUGUGUGUUGCAUCCGAUAGGUUACCCGGACGCCCUUUUGGAAAGGGUGUUUUAUGCUGCUGGACUCAUGGGCGGGGUCACCGAGGGCAGUCCGUCGUGUGCUUUCAAAUUCGGUUGGCGAGCUCGUGUUGAGGUUCUGUAGCCUUUACUAUGAUUUUUUUUUGUUUUCGUUGCUAUCCCGGGCGUGUUUUGAUCGCAGGGGUAAACAGGUCGUGCGUGUUGCAUCCGAUAGGUUAUCCGGACGCCCUUUUGGAAAGGGUGUUUUACGCUGCUGGACUCAUGAGUGGCUCAUGCGAGGAGAUUGGUUGCGUAUCGCCUUCAGCUCGAAACGCGCUCGUGGAACGGCUUCGUUUGCCGUUGCGCUCUCUCGGUGUGUCUGGAUGCAGGAUUGGGACGGAAGCCGCUCUUCUUGUAGAAAUUGCGUCUUGCAGCCCGUUCCGAACAAUAUGACUUCUUGCGCGUGUCGUGCGUUUACGACUCGGCUGGCUCGACUUUGUCGCGGGCAUGGCGCGUGUUCAGAUGCUGGAACGAAGAGAUGCACAUUUUUGUCGUCGCGAUUUUGAGUUGUUUUCGCCUUGGGGUCAGCAUGAAGCUAAGCACGAGUGGUAUAUGCGAGUAUGUACGCCGUGAUUUUGUUGCAAGGUUUUCGUGCUUCUCCGAAUGGGGGGGCUUCAGACGGGUGUGUGUGUGAAAUCCUCAAGCUUCGCCGGUCGGUGUUGGUGGAGCGCGGAGCAUGAAUAGGCAGCCCAGGGGGCGAAGCGCAUGAUAAGCAAGAUGAGAAUGUGACGAGGUCCUCUUCCUGGAACCGCAGCAGCUGUGUUGAUGUCGCUGGGAGUGCUCGCUGAAUGAUUGUAGAUUGAUUAUGGUGUUUCGUUGUAGUUGUGUGGUGCCGUUUCCUGUGUUGUUUCUUGUUCUUGUACAGAAUGUUUGGCUGUUGUGUUUGUGUUUCCGCAACCGUUGAAGGCGUACGGUCGGCGUUGCAAUCGGCCGUGUACUCACACCGGGAGCCCUUUCUCCGACGCUACAAUAUGGGGCGCGAGGAUAUCGUGGGUGGUCUUGCGGCGUGGAGGUGGGGGAGACAAACAAGAGAGACACAGACAGAAGCGUGAUCUUCGUGCCCAUGUUGUAAGAGCAUUCAUCGGAGGGAGGCGAGGGGGCCAAUGAAUUCCAAGCAGACAUGUUGAUACUGCUACAUGCUGGGACGAAAAAGGAGUGCGUGCGGA